AUGGUAUAUAUGUGCCAAUGGGCUGUCUACUCUUCAAUCCUGGCCGCCGCUGCUUGCAUCGCCUCCGCUUCCGCUAAGCCCAGCGGCUUCCUGCCCGCCCCUCUGGUCGCCGCCCCCUUGGCUUACCCCGCCCCCGUCGUGGCCAGCCGCACCGCCCAGGUCGUCCAGACCAACUUCAACACCCUGGCCGCUCCUUACUACGCCGCCCCAGCAGUAGCUGCUCCAGUCCUAGCAGCAAGAUACGCCUACGCCGCACCAGCAGUCGCCGCUCCAGUGGCCGCAAGAUACGCUUUCCCCGCUCCAGCAGUAGCUGCUCCAGUAGUGGCCGCCCCCGCCAGGCUGGCUGCCCCGGCAGUCGCUGCUCCAGUACCCGCUGCCUUCGCCGCACCGGCAGUCGCCCCUGCUUUACCCGCACCCUUUCCAUACUAUAUAUAAGUAACUUCGUUGAAUAUUACUAUUUUUGUAAAUAAAUAAAUGAAAAUAUAAUAACAUUUUUU